GUCUGUCUCGUGAACGUGCGCGCGCCAACCCGUCUGUGCUGACAGCGCGAGGACACCAUGGGCCGGAAGGUGACGGUCGCGACCUGCUCGCUGAACCAGUGGGCUCUGGACUUUGAAGGAAACACGGAGAGGAUCCUGAAGAGUAUUGAGAUUGCCAAAGCUCAAGGAGCCAAAUACAGACUGGGUCCAGAGUUAGAGAUAUGUGGUUUUGGCUGUGCGGACCACUUCUAUGAAUCGGACACCUUACUUCACAGCUUUCAGGUCUUAAAGGCUCUGCUGGAGUCUCCCGUCACCCAGGACAUCAUCUGUGACGUUGGGAUGCCCAUCAUGCAUCAUAACGUCCGCUAUAACUGCAGGGUCCUGUUCCUGAACAGAAAGAUUUUACUGAUUAGACCCAAGAUGGUGAUGGCCAACCAUGGCAUAUACAGAGAGCUGCGCUGGUUCUCCCCUUGGAGGUUAAGGCAGGUGGAGGAGUUUUUCCUGCCCAGAAUGAUCCAGGAGGUAACUGGUCAGGACACAGUCCCGUUUGGUGACUGUGUGUUGUCAACAAAGGACACUUGCAUCGGCACAGAAAUGUGUGCAGAGCUCUGGACUCCCAACAGCCCUCAUAUUCACAUGGGGCUAGAUGGGGUUGAAAUCUUCACUAAUUCGUCUGCAAGUCACCAUGAGCUUCGCAAAGCCGACCAACGAGUCAACCUGGUCAAGUGCGCCACCUAUAAGAGCGGAGGUAUAUAUCUGUAUGCUAACCAGAGGGGCUGUGAUGGAGACCGUGUCUACUAUGAUGGUUGUGCCAUGGUGGCCAUCAACGGAGACAUCGUUGCUCAGGGAGCUCAGUUCUCUGUCACUGAUGUGGAAGUGAUUACAGCCACUCUGGAUCUUGAGGACGUUCGCAGUUACAGAGGAGAACUAUGCCAGCCUCAAAUGGAAAGUGAUCUCAGACCUUGUCACAGGAUCAAAGUUGACUUUUCUUUAUCCAGUGGUGAUGAUAUCUACCUCCCUACUCACCACCCAAUAGAGUGGCACUUUCACACACCAGAGGAAGAGAUCAGUUUAGGGCCUGCAUGUUGGUUGUGGGACUACCUCAGAAGAAGUGGACAGGCUGGUUUCCUGUUGCCUCUGAGUGGUGGCGUUGACAGCUCCUCCACAGCCUGUAUUGUUCACUCCAUGUGUGUGCUGCUCUGCCAGGCCGUGAAUGACGGCAACUGCCAGGUACUGGAGGAUGUGCGCAGGGUUGUUGGGGAUGAAUCCUACAAUCCCCAGCACCCAAAGGAGUUGUGUGGUCGCAUCUUCACCACCUGCUACAUGGCCAGUGAAAACUCCUCUGAAGAGACCUGCAGCAGAGCACGAGAACUGGCCAGUCAGAUUGGGAGCACACACAUGAAUAUUAACAUAGAUCUGGCAGUGAAAGGGAUUCUGGGUAUCUUCUCAGCGGUUACUGGACGGUGGCCUCAGUUUCGUGUCAAUGGAGGAAGCCACAGAGAAAACCUGGCUCUGCAGAACGUGCAGGCCCGGCUCAGGAUGGUUUUGGCCUACCUUUUUGCCCAGCUGAGUCUGUGGGCCCGUGGUAAACCUGGUGGACUGCUGGUGCUGGGCUCUGCUAACGUUGAUGAGAGUCUCACAGGGUAUUUCACCAAAUACGACUGCUCCAGUGCCGACAUCAACCCCAUUGGUGGAAUCAGCAAGACCGACCUGAAGAGCUUCCUGCUUUAUUGUGCAGAGAAGUUCCAGCUCACUGCUCUGAGAGGCAUCUUGACUGCCCCGCCCACAGCUGAACUGGAGCCACUCACAGACGGACAAGUGUCACAAACCGAUGAGGCAGACAUGGGGAUGACGUACUCGGAGUUAUCACUGAUCGGACGACUGCGGAAGAUUUCUAAGUGUGGGCCCUUCAGUAUGUUCUGUAAACUCAUCCACAUGUGGAAGGACAUGCUGUCACCCACAGAGGUGGCCCAGAAGGUCAAACACUUCUUCAGGUUGUACUCCAUGAAUCGCCACAAGAUGACCACAGUGACUCCGUCCUACCACGCUGAGAGCUACAGCCCCGAUGACAACCGUUUUGACCUUCGACCUUUCCUCUAUAACACUCGCUGGACUUGGCAGUUCAGGUGCAUCGACAGCCAGGUGUCCCAGGUGACAACAGAAGGCCCAAAGCAAUAAGGCGAGGACCCAUAGGAUUACAAUAAUCUGUCCUAAUCAA